CGGCGUCCGGCGGCACGAAGAUGGCGGCGACGGUGGCCCCGGCGCCCAGCUCGCUGCUGCUCGUGGUGGGCUGCGAGUGCACGUCCCCGGGCCAGCUGGCCUACGUGCUGGAGGAGCUGGAGCGAGGCCUACGGUCCUGGGGUGCAGAUGGCGCGGUGUGCAGCCUGGACAAACAACUUGGGGUCUUUCUGUCUCUCCACUCCACCACCUUCUCCAGCAUUGUGAAAGGCCAGCGGAGCCUGCACCACCGUGGGGACACGCUGGAGACCCUGGUGCUAUUGAACCCGUCGGACAAGUCGCUGUGCGAUGAGCUCCGGAAUCUGCUGCUGGACCCCGCCCCUCACAAGCUGUUGGUGCUCUCCGGGCCCUGCCUGGAAGGGACCGGGGAGCUGCUGCUACAAACAGGGGGCUUCUCUGCCCACCACUUCCUGCAGGUCCUAGAGGACCAGGAGAUCUUGGAUAUUCUGGCUUCCACGCCCAUGCCUGCGGACACCCCCACUCUCACCAUUACCUGCCCCACCUUCGGCAACUGGGCCCAGCUGGCGCCCGCCCUGCCGGGUCUCCAGGCCGCGCUGCAGCUGCGGCAACUGUGGCUCAAUCCGCCCAUGGCCACCUCUUCCUCCUCCUCCUCUGAGGGUCUGACUCAGUUCUUGGAGUACAUGGCUGACUUCCUGGAGCCGCUGUCCCCCUUCGAGCUGUUGGAGCCCCAGAACUCCAGCGGCUUCCUGCGCCUCACCCGGCCCUGCUGCUACGUGUUCCCCGGCGGCCUGGGCGACGCGGCAGCCUUCGCCAUCCACGGCUUCACCGUGCUGGUGAAUGGCGGCUCGAACCCCAGGUCGACCUUCUGGAAGCUGGUGCGGUACCUGGACCGCGUGGAUGCCAUGCUGGUCACCCACGCGGGCGCCGACAGCCUCCCGGGUCUCAACAGCCUGCUGCGGCGCAAACUGGCCGAGCGGCACGAGGUGGCGGCCAGCGGCGGGGGCAGCAGCGGCUGCUCCGGGGAGGACCGUCUGCGCCUCAUCUCGCCCAUUCUGGGCAUAGCUUUCCUCAAUGCCAGCAAAGCUGCCACUCGCCUGGUGGGUGGCGAGGACGAGGCUGAGCUGGCGCUGAGCCUCCUGGCCCAGCUGGGCAUCCCCUUGCUGCCGCUCCGGCGUGGCCCGCAGCCCGCCGAACCGCUGGUGCUCUAUGAGAACCUGGGCCUGGGCCGCCUGGACCUGUAUGUGUUACAUCCACCUGCUGCCGGGAGCAGCAGCAGCGGUUCCAGUGAGCAGGUGCAAGCAGCCUCCGUGUGCGCCCUGCUGGUGUGGCGCCCCGUGAGCUCGGCCGACAAGGUGGUGAGGGUUCUGUUUCCGGGCUGCACGCCGCCCGCCCGCAUCCUGGACGGCCUGAGCCGCCUGCAGCACCUGGGCUUUCUGCGCGAGCCCGUGGUGACGCGCCAGGACCUGGACAAGCCGCAGCGAGCCAACAGCAAUGACAGCUUAGCUUCCCGUGAUGGCUCGAGGAAGGAAGGGCGGGUCUCGGCACCUGCCAGGUCCACCCAGGAACGCCCGGGGACAGCGACCCGGAAGGAGUUGACACGAGUGGAAGCCCCACGCAGGACUGAGAAAGAAGUCAAACCCCCCAGCAAUGUGAAGAAAGACCCCAAAGCUGGCACCACCUCCAAGCCCCAGGCCCAGGCCCAGCCCCGGGAGUUGCGGCGUACCCUGUCGGCCACCAACAGCCUCAAGAAAGCAGGGGCCCCUGCAGCUUCCAAGCCCCUGCGCCGAGCAGCUCCCACACCCCAAUCUCCAGAGAACGGGCCCCGGAAACCCUCGGGCGCCUGUCGGGGUGAAGCCAGCCCCCCAGCAUCAGCUACCAGUGGCUGUCCAGGCACAACACCAGCAGUGCCCCCCAGCCAGGGCAACCCUGGGGAGCCGGGGCUGAGUCCAGUCGUGGAGGAGCCUGGCGCUGGGCGCGACGAGAAAAACCUGGAACUGCUGCUCUCCACAAGCAUCAUGCGACCCCGCACCCCGGAGCCCACGGACGAGACCCACCCCAGCCCCGCCGGGGAAGCCUCGCCCACGCUGACCACGCCCUCGCUGCCCGCUGAGGUGGGCUCCCCGCACUCCACGGAGGUAGACGAAUCCCUCUCUGUGUCCUUUGAGCAGGUGCUGCCGCCACCCAGUGCCACCACAGCCACAGGGGAGGCGGGGCUGAGCCUGCCGCUGCGGGGUCCCCCUCGUGCCCGCCGCUCAGCCUCCCCGCAUGACGUGGACCUGUGUCUCGUGUCCCCAUGCGAGUUUGAGCAUCGCAAGGCCGUGCCCUCGGCGCCCGCGCCCGCCUCCCCUGGCAGUUCCAAUGACAGUAGUGCCCGCUCGCAGGAGUGGCCCGGGCUGCUGGGGCCUGCGGAGACACCACCGACGUCGGUCAGCGAAUCGCUGCCCACGCUGUCCGACUCGGACCCCCUGCCCUCCGCCACAGCCACCGCAGCUGCCACGCCCGCGGCCGUGGACUCUGACGAUGACACGGAAGCCUUGGAGGGGCGCGACUCGGUACCCAAAGCCCUGAAGGCGCCCCUGCCCAGCGUGUGCAGAGUGCAACUCAAAAAGUCAACGCCCCAGUCCGAGACGGUGGUGCACGCCAGCAUGCCCACGCGCACGGCCCCGGCUCGCCCCAGCUCCGUGGCCGCUACUCGCAAGACCAGUCCUGCAGCCGUCGCCAAGACCAAGGGGCUCGCCGCAAGUGGGGACCAGGCCAGCCGCCCACUCAGUGCCCGCAGCGAGGCCAGCGACAAGGGAGGCCGGGCACCCCUGUCCAGGAAGCCCUCGGUGCCCAAAGCGGCCACUCGCACCUCUACGGCAUCCGCUGGCAGCCGGCUGAGUAGCUCGGCCACCCCGACCAAUGCCCCCUUCUAUCUGGACUUGGUCUACCUGCCCGGCGGGAGCAGCGCCCGCCUCGUGGGCCAGGAGUUCUUCCGGCGCGUGCGUGCAACCUACUACAUCCUCAGCGGCCAGGACCAGGCCAAGGAGGAAGGCAUGCGGGCCCUGCUGGACGCCCUGCUGGCUGGCAAGCAGCAGUGGGACCGGGAAUUGCAGGUCACCCUAGUCCCCACCUUCGACUCGGCGGCCAUGCACACGUGGUACGAGGAGACACACAGCCGGCACCAGGCGCUGGGCGUCACCGUGCUGGGCAAUAACAGCAUGGUGUGCAUGGAGGGCGAGUCCUACCUGGCCUGCAAGCUGGAGUUCUAGCCCCCCGACCACCC